UGAUGUCAUCACAAAAUGGGUUGUCCGAAAGCCAAAGAAUCCUAAAAAAAAAGGCUAACUUAAGACCUGUAAUCUGUAAAAUGGGGAAGAAAACUCAAAGAACGCCAGAAGAACUCACACUUGAAAAAAAGAGAAAUGAAGAAUUCAAAGACAAGAUUCGGGCAAGAAGAGAAAAAUUAGAAGCGAAAGGGAAUCAACGGGGAGUUGUUCUUCUCAGUCAUAUUCCACUUGGGUUUUAUGAACCACAAAUGUAUGAAUAUUUUUCUCAAUUUGGAAGAGUUACAAGGUUAAAAUUGAUUCGGAGCAAAAAGACUGGGAAAUCAAGACAGUUUGCUUUCAUUGAAUUUCAAUUUGAAGAAGUUGCAAAAAUUGCAGCUAAAACAAUGAAUAACUAUUUAAUGUUCCAAAAACUAUUAAAAUGCAGACUUAUUCCUUUGGAAGAAGUGAAACCAAACACAUUCAGUAACUGGAGGCUUAUUAAGCGAGUACCUCAAAGUAGAACAAAAGAUAUCAAGAGACACAAUCAAGAUGUAACUGAUCCUGAAAAGGUCCAGUUAAAAUUAAAAAGGCUACGAAAAAGAAGAGGACUAUUAAACAAAAAGCUUCGUGAGAUGGAUAUAGACUAUGAUGUUAUGAAUAUUAAAGUAAACGACUCAUUUGUUGCCCCUGAAAGAACCCGUGCUUCUCCUGAAGAAUUAGCAGAUGUUUAUGAGCCUAUUCCAGAUUCCAUUGGAAUGGAGUAUCGGUAUUCUGAUGGUGAAGAUUUUGAACGCUCAAAUACAAAGAAAUUGGAAACUAAUAUAAAAAAGAAGGAAGAAUCAAAUGAUAAUAAAACUAGUGAUACAUCACUGGAGAAUGGACCUAAAGUGCAGUCUACUGAUACAAAAAGUUCAAUGACCAAAGAUGAUGAGGAAUUUGGUGUUAUGGUUGUUGACCUGGAAGAUCCAGAAGUGACUUUCAAAAGUCCUCCAACGAAGUCAAAUAUAAAACUAAAGUCUGUUGGUGUUUCUAGUACAAGUAAAAGAAAGCGAACGGAGCUUGCUAAUGAAGAUAAUUCAGUUAUUGAAACAUCGAAGGAAUCUGUAGAUAACACGCCACUUUCUGCAAAGCAGAAAAGAUUGUUGAAAAUUGAAGAACUGAAAAAUGCUUUAAAUUCAAAAGAGGAUGGCGAUGACUCUCUAAAAAGUGAGAAAUCUGGGAAAAAAAUCAUGAAGUCUGUUGAGACACCAACACGCCAGAUUAGGAAAAAGUUACCAAGAAGUGCAAAAAAGCCUAAAAUCAAAACAGGUGCUAAUUCCUUAAAUAAAACCAUGUAAUUCCCUUUACUGUUAUGGUAAUCCUUUUUUGCUUUCAAUGGCCACUGGCUUGAGAAUGGAAACCAACGUUUGGAAUCAUAGGUGAUACCUGAGAAUAAUGCUAAUGCACCCUAAUGGCUAAUAUGAAUAAAUUGGCCCAAUAUAAAUUGGUUGAUAGUAUGUUUUUGUGCGAGUUCAAUAGGCGUCUGGUCAAAAUUAGAGUUUUUGAGCAAAUUUGUAUGGUGGUCAUUAAAUAUAGAUAAAUGCUUA